AAACAACCGUACGCCUAACUUCUAUAUAAUUUGCCUCUAUUAAAUUAUGAAUCUCUUUUCCUUUGCUUCUCUUGCCAAUUGAAAUCCAGGUUUUUGAUUAAAACCCAUUUUUGCUUUUGGUCUCUUUCAGCUUCCUCUUACUGGUAAUGGCCACGGACCCGAACUCCUUUGAGCAAGAAGGGCAUUCUGUUUCUGGAGAUAAUUUGCUCAAGUACGAAUGGAAUCCGAUAUCGGCGCCGACAAGAGACCUACACAAGGAUACCACUGGCUUUGAUUGCAACAUUUGCUUUGACUCUGCAGAAGAUCCGGUGGUCACGCUCUGCGGUCACUUGUACUGCUGGCCCUGCAUUUACAAGUGGCUUCAUGUCCGGACUUCUUCCCUUGAUGCAGAACAGCCAGAGCGGAACUGCCCUGUGUGCAAAGCGAACAUAUCCUCCAGCUCAUUGGUUCCCCUCUAUGGCCGUGGUACAUCUUUGAACUCUCCAUCCAAGGACUGUCACUCAGAUUUGGUCAUUCCUCAAAGGCCACCUCCAUUUGGAUCGAACCCUAUAACCACAUCUUCUCAUCCAAGGCGGCGACACGAUGAAAACCUUUUACAUUCCCAGUCUCAAUCAUUUCAUCACCAGCAAUACUUCCCUCACUCUCAUGGAGGCUAUGAAACCUUGGCAUCAUCUAGCCUUGGUGGUAUAGCAAUGACAAAUUUCUUCAAUCCUAUGUUCGGGAUGUUGGGCGAAAUGGUGUAUGCUCGGGUAUCUGGGAGCCCAAACAUCAGUAUGUUUACUUAUCCGUACCAAUCUUCGCACCCUUUUUUCGGGAAUAACUAUCUCAGGAUGAGAAGGCAGGAAAUGGACAAAUCUCUUAGUAGAGUAUCCAUCUUUCUUUUUUGUUGCAUCAUUCUUUGUCUUCUGCUGUUUUGAAAGCAUUGACUUUGGUAUUUGUAUAGUUGUAAAAAGAUGAGUCAAUGAACAGACUGAACACAUGUUAUUUGUUGAAAAGAUUGUGGGGGAACUCGCUUUAUA